CACUACUAUAAGGGACCCUGCUGGAGAGAUAGACAGUGGUUGUCGGGCUUUCCCGACUGUCGCGGGAAUUAGAGGAGUUGGCGGCCUCUCGCUUCACGCGGCCCGGCGGCCCUGAGAGGGUCCCUUACAGCUGAAAGCGGCACAGCCCUGGGGCAUUCGAGAUGGAUACUACUGACAUUUAUGCUUCAACCCGGAGUUGUGGAGCAUCUGCCUUGGGCCCAGCAAAACACUCCUCCUAAGGAGUGCAGUCCAGCAGAGGAUGCUUUCACUAAGGCUGCUGUGAACGACCUCAGUAACUCCAGUCCAGUGUGGUAUUUUUCGUGGCUUUAAUAUUGCAAUGGAUCAACUGACUUCAGGACUGGAGUGGUUAAGCAACAGGUGCUGGGACCUGAUGGCCUCAAUGAUGUGGCUGGGGACUUCAGGGAAGAGUGAGUUACCUGGACACCGCUUAGAGAAUCCUCUGCAGGGAUACCACCCAGCACAGAUAGAAGAAUGGGCUCUCAAGGGAAUUUCUAGACCAAAUAUAAUCUCCCAGCUGGAACAGAAAAAAGAGCCAUGGAUCCUACAACUCCAAAAUUUUGAGGCAAGGACGAUCCUAAGGGAAAGUCACACAGACUUCAAUAAUCAGGUGGAAAAACUCAAUCGGGACAUUUCUGAGCCAGCAGAACACUCUAGAACAUCCUCAGAAACGGCCAACAGAGAUACUGCUCAUACUCCCAGCUGGGGAGGAAGCUGGGAGAGGGGCCUUGAAUUAGAAGGACAACAUGGCACCCUCCCAGGAGAGGGCCAGCAGGAGCCCUUUUCACAGGACAAGGACCUAAACAAUCUCUUGGACGGAUACGUAGGAAAGAAGGCUGUGUGUGCAGAAUGUGGAAAAAGCUUUAACCAGAGUUCCUAUCUCAUCAGACACCUAAGGACCCAUACUGGAGAGAGGCCUUAUAAAUGCAUCGAGUGUGGAAAAGGCUUCAAACAGAGUUCAGACCUUGUCACCCAUCGCAGAACACACACAGGAGAGAAACCCUACCAAUGCAGUGGAUGUGAGAAAAAAUUCGGCGACAGCUCAACGCUCAUCAAACAUCAGAGAACCCACACAGGUGAGAGACCUUACGGGUGUCCAGAGUGUGGGAAGACUUUUGGGCGGAAACCACACCUCGUAAUGCACCAAAGGACCCACACAGGAGAGAAGCCCUACACGUGCCUCGAAUGUCAUAAAAGCUUUAGUCGAAGCUCAAAUUUCAUCACCCAUCAGAGGACCCACACGGGAGUGAAGCCUUAUGGGUGUAAGGAAUGUGGGGAGAGUUUUAGCCAGAGCUCAGAUUUGAUUAAGCACCAACGAACCCACACAGGAGAACGGCCCUUUAAGUGCCCGGAGUGUGGGAAGGGCUUUCGGGAUAGUUCUCAUUUUGUAGCUCACAUGAGUACUCACUCAGGAGAAAGGCCUUUCGCUUGUCCUUCCUGCCACAAAAGUUUCAGUCAGAGCUCACAUCUGGUCACGCACCAGAGGACACACACAGGUGAGAGGCCUUUUAAGUGCGACAACUGUGGAAAAGGCUUCGCUGACAGCUCUGCCCUCAUUAAGCACCAACGAAUCCACACGGGAGAAAGACCCUAUAAAUGUGGCGAGUGUGGGAAGAGCUUCAAUCAGAGUUCCCACUUCAUGACUCAUCAACGAAUCCACUUAGGGGACAGGCCCUAUCGAUGUCCUGAAUGUGGCAAAAGCUUCAAUCAGCGUUCCCAUUUCCUAACACACCAGAGAACACACUCCGGAGAAAAACCUUUUCAUUGUAGUAAAUGUGACAAGAGCUUCCGUCAGAAAGCACAUCUUUUAUGCCAUCAAAACACUCAUUUGAUUUAGGAAAUAAUUUAUAGUGGUUCUACUGCCCCCUUCCACAUUUCCAUUCCAUUCUUAGAGUGUCCCAAAUAGGGAAAAACCUGAACCUGGGCAGUCAGUGGCUCAGGUCGGGGCCUAAUCUGUUCUCUCUCUCUCUUAUUUUUCUAUGUAUUAAUGGUGAGGAUAAACCUAUAGCAUCCAAAUAAUGUUCUGAACACAAAAGGCAUUCCCUCAGUAUGUUUGACUAACUCUUAGGGGAACAGGAGUGUAACGGUUACUGAAAGAGAAGUGAGAUUGAUGUGACCUAAAGAGCUCAUUUAAGCCGCCUAGUACAGUGCCUGGCACAAAGAAGGUGCCCAGUAACUGAAUGGUCUCAUUAUUGUUAUAAUGAUUAAUAUUUGAGAUCUUAUAUGAAGCCCUCAAUAUAGUGCCUGGCCUUUAAAAGACACUCAUACAAGGUUGGUUGCUUAUAUCAGCCUUAUUUCUCAGUAAGGGAUUUAUGAGUGCAGACCUACAAGCCCAGGACUUUCAAGAACUUAGGUUGGUUCUAAAAAGAUUUGGGGUGUGAACCCACAGAUUUGACAAAACAGAAAGCACUCUCCCAACCCGGUGCUAUGCAGGCAUUAGUCACCGGAUGUCUCAUUGCCUGCCAUGACAAGGCAGAAUUAUACUAGAGGACGCUUGCGGUCUUGUGACUUAGAGGCUGAAAGAAUUUCAGAAGCUCUUGGUACAGCAGUGGCUGAGCUUGCUGCCAUCUGCAUAGGAAAUAUCCGGUGACAAACAAGCCAGAGGAACCUGGAGGGGGUCUAAUGUUGUGGAAGCAAAAAUGCCUGAGAAUGUUAAAAUGAUGUUACAUGGACCCCUCCUGGCAUUCAGCUGAAGGGCACAACUCUUGUUUUCUAAUUUGCUGGGUCAUUGGCCCUUUAGUUUUAAGUUAGUGCAGCUCUCUGAUCCUUUUAGGGUCAUUCGUUUUACGCCCUAGUGCAUGCCUAUAUUUAAUUGAAGUACACUGAGGAAGGGCAGCGUGUGGGAAAGAACACUGACUUCAUUGAGAAGGUGAGGUGUUUGAGUCCCGUCCCCGACACUUAAUUUGGCCAGACUUCCACUGCCUCUCAGGCCCUCCCCUACCUACCUGGCAAGGUUGUAAGGACUUAAUACAUACAUAUACGGAGGCGCACAAACACAUAAGCACUUUGUUGUUAAACUGUACGGUGUAAUAUCUCUAAAGUUUAAUGUGAUAGUUUUGUUGCUAAUGUCUUCUUUCCAAGGAACUCUGGCUCAUAAUUCUCCAGAUGGCCCAUUUUCUCUCGUAAUGAGGGACUUCUUUUUUUGCCUGUUAAAAACCGAAGGCCUGAAAAUGCCAAACGAUUCAUUAUGAGUCACAUAGUUAACAGAAAAGCCAGAAUUUGGCUGCAGGUCUCUGCUUCAGCAAACAUGGAACAGACCGGCUCUGGGAUUUGUUGAUGACUCUGAGAUCCUGCACCACUGAUG